AAUCAUCAGAACUCAGAUUUGAAGAAAAAAGAAACAGAAAGGCGGCUAGAGGGAAAGAGCGCAGAAAAACAACAACGACAAGAACAACAACGACAAGAACAACAACAACAACAACAACAACAAUAACAAAAUAGACAAAAACAGAAAAAAUACCUUGACAAUCACCCAGGAGAUCAUCCAUGAAUCGGACCAUGUGCCGUCAAGCGCACUGUGUUCACACGAUCCUGCAGUUCGACCUGCGUUCAUGGAACCGUCAAGAAAAGCACAGCCUUCCCCACCAUCGUUCACCAGGGAAGGUCAUCAUGAGAGAGAGAGAGAGAGAGAGAGAGAGAGAGAGAGAGAGAGAGAGAGAGAGAGAGAGAGAGAGAGAGAGAGAGAGAGAGAGAGNAGAGAGAGAGAGAGAGAGAGAGAGAGAGAGAGAGAGAGAGAGAGAGAGAGAGAGAGAGAGAGAGAGAGAGAGAGAGAGAGAGACGAGGAGGCUAUCCCAGAACUCACCCCUUCCCCUUGAGCAUUCGCAUGAGGCAGUGGCCCUUCGUUUUCAAACAUAAGAGCUCGUGGUGCAGCAAUGGCAGCAGGCGGAGUCGAUAGGUGAAACUUUUGAGGGAUCAAAAGAGCAGUUCAUAUUGCCGACCCUGUCGUCUGUGGUCAAUUCGCUUCUCUGCAUGACUGUGCUAUCUAGAGAUUAUCCCAUAGUACACCACCCCUGCAUUGUCCGUACCGACGCCUACUCACCGUCCGCAGUCUGUGACUCUGUGCCUGGUACUGUUGCUGCUCCUUCGGCGCCAGCAUUUAGUCCUGCUGCUAGUUCCAUUGGCUCCAUGGCAGUGGCAGCGGCGGCGGCUUCCCGAGAUGACACUGGAGAGGAAGGUAGGUACAUUUGCAAGAGGUGUACACCUGGAGUUCAAUUGUACAGAAUGGAUUGGACACGGAAGAGGAUGCAUCGACUACGGUGACGGACCGUUCUGGUCCCCUCCAGGCUUAGCAGACUUGGCAUGCACUUGCUUACCCUUUUGACUGCAGAGUCGUCUUUCCACUUGACUGCUUGUCGCCUCGGUCACUUUUCACCCGGCGCCAGGGAAUUGGCGUUCCCUCGUGCCUUCACCUUACCUCCUCCCUUCGCCACCUGCUGCAGGGAUUCCCUUGUGCCUUCACCUUACCUCCUUCCUUCGCCACCUGCUGCAGGACCUGAUACCGCGCGAUCGUUUGCCAGACUGAGGCCUCCUUGAUCAACUCUUUCUCUGACUGCAGCAUCUUCAUCUUUUAUUCCAUUCCCUUGUUCGUCUUUGCUCCGGGGCCUUUUUGCCAACUUCAACCUGAUGUGACAAGCGCCUCGUUGGAUUCAUCCCAAGUGCCUUCCUAAAUCCCUCCAUGUGCUCUCGGGGAGAAUAGAUCCAAUCCCAACGACUAGCUCGACUCCCCUUUCUUAAACCCGUUUUCUUUUUCAUUUUCUCCUUUUUUUUUUUUUUUUUUUCCCCUCCUCCUCGAAUUCCUCCGCCUUUUAGUUUUCUUCCAAUUCAAUCUUGUUCGCCUCCAAUUCCUUUUUUCUUUUCUCUUUCUUCCUCCUUUCUCUACUUUUCCUCCUCCUCAUCCUUUCCUACGUCACCCUUUGGAUCCCUGGCUGCUAGACCUGUUUUCCUCCCUAUAGGUCCAUGGUGUGCAUGUGGCAUAUCGGGAAGAAACCUUAAAAAGAAAACAUCGUCGACAAUGUUUCCCAAGUCAUUGAGAAGGUAAAAAAGACAUAAAAAGGAUAGUCGUUCAUGACCGUCAGAAGUACAACAGCAGAUCAAGGUCAUGACUUUCGUUCCACAUCCUACCUACCACAUAGACUCUAGCCUCAAGACCUAAACUUCCUGUCCUAUAAUCGUUGAUUCUACUUCCCUAGCCCCAACUAUUUUUGCUACCACUUAGGGCUGUGAGCAUCGUCAACCAAGCUAACCAGCAAUUUAAGGACUGCUUGCAACGUCCUCAUGAAUUUUUUAACGCCGCAAACAAGAUGUGUGUGGCUUAAUGACAACGCUAACUCCACCGUAAAACAUUGACCGGUCUUCGCCGAGUCACACGGUUGGUUGCACGCUCGUCAGGACCAGUCAUUGGACUAGCCGGGUUGUUUAACAAACGCUCAUCGCUCUAUGCCCUUGCAGCUGCUUUGUGUCUUCACCUCCCAACUAUCAACCUUAUCUCAUGCAACCUUCCUAUUACAUAGGACCCUUGACACUUGACUAGGGCUAGUACACCCCACCUAGUUUACCUCUAGAGCCCUUAUCUCAAAUGAUAAACUUUGCAUGCAUAGCAUGUACAUGCGGAUUUUCAAUCCUCCCAGCGGAGAACGAGACCCUACGCACUUCGCGGACACCAUGAGGAGCCUGUCCUCCAGCAGGCUAUCAUUAUUUGUCAUAUGCAUCAACUUUCCUACUCCUAGGCCUAAUUGACAUCAACAAGAAUUCAAUACCAAAACAAUUGACCACAAGCUUUGCAUAUAAGGUAAAGACCCGACAAAAUUCAAGA